UGCACUUAUAUUUCCCCCCUCGGUACUUUCCCUUUAAAAUUUUGCUGGUAUGUGAAGAGUUUCAACCCAUGAGUUGGAAACUGCAGGAAGGAGAAAAGGAGGAAAGGAAAGAAGACAAACUUCUCUCGCUGAGCGGUUUUGGAUAGGAUUUUAAAAGUGAAGGUUUCAGAAAGGGCGCAAGGUUGGCAACCUCGGAGCGAGAGACGCACAUCUGCAGAGCGGCAGAGCAAACAGUGAAAAUAAAUAUUAUACGAGGAAGAAACCUCGCGUACGUACUGUGUCCCGGCUCCAUGAGACGCUGAGGAAUGUGAAGUGACCAUGGACGCCCGGUCACAGGCCACUUCCGCCGCCGAGAAGAAGAAGAGGGUGGAGAGCAUCGUGGGAAGCAAGGUCUCCUCCGGCCGCAGCGACCUCAGUGAGAAGGCAGUCUCCUCCAGCACGGCGUCCAACGAGGAUGAGAGCCGUGGGCCUGCGCACCACAGAGAGAGACGCAACGCCAUCGCCGCGGGCGCGGCCGUGGGCAAGCCGAGCGAGGAGCGCUCCACCUCCACCGAGGAUCGCCCCCUGCUGGUGAAGAAGGAGACGCACAGCUCACUGCCCCACCUGGCUGACCACGCCCUGCCUUACCGAGGCACGCUCCUCGCCAUGGACCCCCGAAACGGGUACCUGGACUCCUACUACCCUCCGCCCCAGUUCUUCCCCGCCUUCCAUCCUCCCGUGCCCAUUGACGAUCGGCACGCCCAGGGGCGCUACAUGUACGAGCCGUCGCCCGCCCCGCCGCUGCCCGUGCCCUCUCCUCUGUCUGGCAGUCCGGCGUUUUCGGACAUCUCCCUCAUCCGAAUCUCCCCCCACCGGAGCGCCUCAGUCGGGGGGGAGUCCCCGUUCAGCCCCCCCCACCCCUACAUCAGCCCCUACAUGGACUACAUCCGCUCCCUGCAGGGCAGCCCCCCGCCCUCCCUGAUCUCCGCUGCCCGGGGACUGAGCCCGGCCAAUGCCCCCCACCCUGGCAUGACCACGGCAGAAUAUUACCACCAGAUGGCGCUGCUGACGGGACAGCGCAGCCCCUAUGCCGACCUCAUCCCCACUGUGGCGUCCACGGCGGGAGCGGCCACCAGCGCCCUGCACAUGGAGUACCUGCAGGCCAUGGAGGGGUCCCACUUCCCCGGCUCCCGAAUCUCGGCCCGCCCCAGCCGCAAGCGGGCGCUGUCCAUAUCCCCCCUGUCGGACCACAGCUUCAACCUGCAGACCAUGAUCCGCAGCUCGCCAAGCUCCCUGGUCACCAUCCUCAACAGCUCUCGCUCCAGCUCCUCCACCAGCGGCUCCUACGGACACCUGUCUGCCGGAGCCAUCAGCCCAGCACUGAGUUUUGCCUUCCCCCCAUCCCCCGUGGCCCUACAGAUGCACCAGCAGCGCAUUGGUCGGCAGCCCGGGAUGAUGGGCUCGGCUUUCCGCCAAAGCCCGCCCCUCGUCCACCCAGCACCCACCUUCGCCACCCAGCGGCCGAUCCCCACGGCGCCCCCUGGGCUCGGCUCUGCAGAGUGCAACGCAACCGCCUCCGACUCCUCUCAGAGUAAGCCCACCAGUGAGUCUGCGGUGAGCAGCACGGGGGACCCAAUGCACCACAAGCGCUCUAAAGUGAGGCUGGAGGAGGAGCCACCGAGCCCUGCUGCAGGGAGCCUGCAGGACCAGCCUGAGGGGACGACGCUGGUGAAGGAGGAGGGCGACCAGGAUGAGUCCAAACAGGACACUGAGGUGGCGUACGAAACCAACUGCCAGUGGGAGGCCUGCUGCAGGGAGUUCGACACACAGGAGCAGCUGGUGCAUCACAUCAAUAACGAGCACAUCCACGGCGAGCGGAAGGAGUUCGUGUGCCGCUGGCUGGACUGCACCCGGGAGCAGAAGCCCUUCAAGGCCCAGUACAUGCUGGUGGUGCACAUGCGGCGCCACACCGGAGAGAAGCCACACAAGUGCACGUUUGAGGGCUGUGUGAAGGCUUACUCACGGCUGGAGAACCUGAAGACCCACCUGCGCUCGCACACGGGAGAGAAGCCCUACGUGUGUGAGCACGAGGGCUGCAACAAGGCCUUCUCCAACGCCUCCGACCGCGCCAAGCACCAGAACCGCACGCACUCCAACGAGAAACCGUACACCUGCAAGAUCCCGGGCUGCACCAAGCGCUACACGGACCCCAGUUCCCUGCGCAAGCAUGUGAAGACUGUGCACGGCCCUGAGGCCCACGUCACCAAGAAGCAGCGGGGCGAUGCGCACCCCCGCCCCCCUCCGCCGCCCCAGGACCCGGGCAGUAACAGCCAGGGCCGGCCCCCUGGACAGCUGCCCCCGGGCGGGCUCACCGACCAACGGGACCACAGCCACGCGAGCUCCAGGCAGGAGACGUGCCUGAAGACCAUCAAAUCAGAGAAACCUGCGGCGUCUCAGCCAAGCCCUGGCGGUCAGUCUACACACAGCAGUGGCCAGUCCCCCCUCGGCGGCCACUCCGGCGGUGAGAUCCAGCUCGCUCUGAGGUGGCGCGCUGCGGGUGAGCUCAGCGCCACUGAGGAAGAGGAGGAGGAGGAGGAGGAGGAGGGGGGGGAGGAACAGGCGCCCAUCAUGGACUCCACCGUGUCCACUGCCACGGUGGCGCUGCAGGGGCGCCGAAACGCGGCCCCUCUGCGGUGGGUGGAGCAUGUCAAGAUGGAGAGGCUGAAGCAGGUGAAUUAUGGCCUGCCCCGCCUGAGCCCCACAGCGCCCCCCAGAGGCCCCACGCUGCCUCCCAUCGUAGGAAACGGCCCGUACCCUGGCAGGACCGGCUGUGGGGGGGUGACCAUGCGGCCGGAACUGUCCAGCGCGGACCUGACGGUGCUGAGCCUUCUGAAGGAGCGCCGGGACAGCGAGGGCAGCGCGGGAAGCUCGGCCUACCUGAGUGCCAGCCGCCGCUCCUCCGGCAUCUCACCCUGCUUCUCCAGCCGCCGCUCCAGCCAGGCCUCGCAGCCUGAGGGCGGCCCCCGCGACCACCGCUGCCGCCGCAACCUGAGCGCCACCGACUCCUACGACCCCAUCUCCACCGACGCCUCCCGCCGCUCCAGCGAGGCCAGCCAGUGGGGGGGUGGGGGCGGCGGCGGGCAAGGAGGGCCGGGGGCCGCCCUCAACCUCACCCCCGCCCAGCAGUACCACCUGAAAGCCAAGUACGCAGCCGCCACGGGCGGGGCGCCCCCCACGCCCCUGCCCAGCCUGGAGCCGAUGAGCCUGAGGACCCGCAUGGCUAUGAUGGGCGACUGCCAGGAGAGUGGAAACCGCACACUGCUGCCCCCAGUGGCUGGAGGGCAGCGGUGCAUUGAUGGUGGUCCUGAUGGUAGCUAUGGGCUCUAUGGCCGCAGAGGUCUCCUUCUCCACAAGCCCCCUGGGAACGUUCAGAGGAGGGCCAGCGACCCCGUCCGCACUCACAACCCCGACCCCCUCAGCCUGGGCUUCAUGCAGCGCUUCAGUAGUCUCCGAGACUUGCACCCACUGCCCCCGCUUCAGCUGCACCACUUCCCCGCAGAGGGGCGGAGCUCGUGCCUGCACGGCCACGCCCACUCCGACGGGAACCUUCGACGCGGCCUGCCGUCACCCUGCCCCCCCAGCAUCAGGGAGAAUGUGGAGCUGGAGGCCCUGGCCGUGGAGCAGGGGGACGGGGCCCCUCUGCUCGGCGACGAGGACAUGCUGCCUGACGACCUGGUGCAGUACCUCCACUCCCAGUGCCAGGGCGGGGGGUACAAAGAGGCCGUCUCCCACCAGCCUCUGAGCGGACACCCGGAGGGGCUGGGCUUACCGCCAGAGCCCCCGUUGGGCCAGCCCUACCAAAGUCUGGAGCAGCAGAUGCAGGAGGAGGAGUCCAGCAAGGAGGGCCUCCCUGUGCAGUGGAAUGAGGUGAGCUCGGGGAGCACGGACAGGUCGCCCGAGACACAGGAGCAGAGGUACGGAGACUGGCUAACAUCCACGCAAAACGUGGGGAGUCCGUUCGGUUUGUUUGGCAACAUGAUGGUGCAGCAGCAGCUGCAGCCCCCAGACAUGCCCAGGAGCAUCCAGGACCAAUACGGCCUCCCGCAGAAUGACUGCCAGCCGACAAAUAGAUGUGAUGAUCUGGCCUGCGAUGGCAGCGGUGUGGGUGCCCCUCACUGCGGUCAAGCGAUAAGGAUGGGACCACGGAAGCAAUGCAGAGGCAGCCCCUGGAAAACAGAAGGCAGUGUUUAUCACAGGGUCCAACAAAGGGGGCUUCCAUCCAUUCACGAUCAGGCCCAGCCCGUCUCCCAGAUAUCCACGGGAAUGAUGCGGCAGGCCUGUCGGGGUCCGCCGCAGUUCAUCAAAUCACAAACUAACGUUCGGCAGAGCCAUUCCACAAACCGCCCAAUCAACAGCAACCUGCCCCUCCCAGAGGCCGGCCCACAAGACUUCACUUAUGCCCCAGACCUGAACUUGUAUACCCAGGUAGCAGCAUCCCACCAGCAAUCCAAUGGAGGCUACAGGGUCUCAGGCAGGGAGCAGGACUACCUGCCUAUGAGGAGCAACAGUGGAAACCCCAUCCUGACCCAGCAGCAGGGGCUGAAUCCUGGAGGAGCGAGGAGUGCAAGCACAACCAAUGGCUCGAUCUCCCACCAAGUCAAGCAAGAGAUGCCAGACCACCUGCAGGCCCAUUCCUGCUGCCUCAUGCAGCCACAGGCAGACUUCCUCAACCAGGGGUUUCAGGACCACAGCAUGGGCCUCCACAUGGCCGACGUCAAGCCGCCUUCCUUCCCAAACCGAGAGGUCCUCCGCCUGCCAGAGCAGGCUGACACAGGGCCGACUGCCACAACUGACCCCACCCUCCUCUCCCCAGGAGCAGGCCAGGUAACCAGCACGGCGGAUGCCCUGAACGGCAUGGCGACCCACCACAGCAGAGUCCCUGACAAUGGGUACGAUCACCACGCAAGCCCAUUAGCGGGGGUCCUCAAGCCUCGCAGGUUCCAAAACCUCUCGCGAAAUUCAUCCCGCCUGACCACGCCCCGCGUCUCCAUGGCGAUGUACAGCGUGCCUGCAGGGGCCAAUAACAUGGCCAUUGGGGACAUGAGCUCUCUGCUGACCACUCUGGCUGAGGAGAGCAGGUUUCUGGCUGUGAUGCAGUAG